AUGUCACCAUACAAGUUGGUAUUUGGAAAGGCAUGCCACAUUCCGGUUGAGCUCGAACACAAAGCACUGUGGGCAUUGCGGCAGCUGAACUUAAACAUGGAGACAUCGGACAACAACAAAGUUAUUGGGUUGCAUGAGCUUGAAGAAUUCCGGUUCCAGGCAUUCGAGAGUGCUAGACUAUAUAAAGACAGGAUGAAACUGAUGCAUGACAAGCAUAUCUUGAAUCAGAACUUCAAACCCGGAGAAUUAGUGCUGCUAUACAACUCAAGAUUGAGGUUGUUCCCGGGUAAGUUGAAUUCCCGGUGGUCAGGACCGUUUAGAGUGGUGCAAAUGUUCCCAAGUGAAGCUGUGGAGAUCAAAUCUGAAUAUGGGACGAACAAAUUUACAGUGAAUGGGCAGAGGUUAAAACAUUACCUGAGAAUGACUGAAGGAGAAGGGGACAGCGUGGUGAUAACAUUGGAGGAGCCCCAAUACACAAAUGAGGAGUGA